GGUACUUGAGGUUCAGUCACCAUAUAUAGGCGGCGGUGACAAUGGACGACCUGCUCUCCCCGUGCUCCUCCUUUUCCCCGCCCUCGCCACCACCCUUCUUCUCCCACGCCGGCAACCCAGUGAUCGAGUUCGCAUCCUGCGAGGUCCCCGAGCAAUGGCUGCUCGACGACGUCGUCUUGGACAAGAACGAGGGCCGCUACGACGACGUGGACGACCUGUGGCCCGUGGCGGGGAGGUCGCUCUCCCCGGACUCCGAGCUCUCCGAGCAGCCGCUUCCUACUCAGCCGCGCCCGGGCGGGAAGCGGCGGGGGCGGAAGCCCGGCCCCCGCCCGGACGGUCCCACGGUCAGCCACGUGGAGGCCGAGCGUCAGCGCCGGGAGAAGCUGAACCGGCGGUUCUGCGACCUCCGCGCCGCCGUGCCCACCGUGUCCCGCAUGGACAAGGCCUCCCUCCUCGCGGACGCCGCCGCCUACAUCGCGGAGCUGCGCGGCCGUAUCGCGCGGCUCGAGGCCGACUCCAGGCGGGCCGCCGCCGCGAGGUGGGUCGACCCCGUAGCAGCCGCAGCCUCAUGCGGCGCCGACGAGGCUGUGGAGGUGCGCAUGCUGGGGCCAGACGUGGCCGCGGUGCGCGCGACGAGCGCGGCUCCGCACGCGCCCGCGCGGCUGAUGAGCGCGCUCCGGUCUCUGGAGCUGCACGUGCAGCACGCCUGCGUAACCCGCGUGAACGGCAUGACGGUUCAGGACGUCGUGGUUGACGUGGCGAGCCCGCUGCAAGUGCAAGACGACGACCACGACGGCCUCCGCGCCGCGCUGCUGCAGAGGAUGCAGGACAGCGCGGCUACCUAGCUAGUGCUAGUAGCCAGACGAUCGUAGAGAGCUAGCUCGCUCACCGAUCUCAUACGGUCGUCGUCUCUCUCUCCGUACGUAACGUAACGUAACAUCAAUCGCGUCACGUACGUACACAGGCAGUGCGAAAGUGUCGCGGAUCGAUCAGGUUAUAGGUAAGUAGAUGCUAAUGUUAAUUUAGAGGGUAGAACGACGAUGGACGAUCGUAACUAAUCCAUUGCAUCGUGUGCUCUGGAAUCUGCGUGUUGUCUUCUGUGCGGCCUAUCCAUGGAAUAAAGUGCCUGU